AGCGGCACACAGCCGAUAAUUCAUUCGGAUCCAUUCGUUUCGGGACGUUAUGGCUACAAAUUCAUCGCUAGCGCGUGUCUCUUUGGAGACGGACAACACCGAGGAAAGUAUAUGGCCGUUUAUGUGACUCUAAUCAGAGGCAAGUACGAUGCUCUUCUCCAGUGGCCGUUCGAUCUCACUGUCUGUAUCACAAUGCUUGACCAGCCUUGCCCUUUACCGCAGAAUCCUAAUUGGGAAAAACGGUGCGACAUUUCAUAUCGUGUGGAUGCGAGGAAAAUCAAAGAAAAAUCAGAGUUCUUAGAACGACCUUUUCCCGACAGGAAUGGCUGGUUCGGUGCGCAGACAUUCUGUAGACUAGCAAUCAUGGACAGCUUCAUUCGAGACGACGUCAUGUUUCUGAAGUUUGAAAUCGAGAAGGUGAAAAGUCGAGAACUGGUUCUGAAGCCUUCUUCUAUGCAGAAUCCAGGCAAUCCAUCAAAUUAUGAAUUGCCACCGAGAACACCGGCGACAAUAUCCAAAACAGAGAUGCAGCCACCAAAAACCGCCAACGAGAUGACUCCAAGAAAUGAUCCACUUGUAGAAACGUUGCCGGCACAGCCGGUCGAGCCACUUUCGCAGAGACCUCCAACGACCCAGGUAUCUGCUCCAAAGCCUCCGGCCAGCCCAUCGAUUCCAACGCUGAGGCCUCCGUCCAGGUCGCAGCCACCUUCAGUUCCUGUGAUCGUGACCGAGAAAAACGAGAUAGAAGAGAGUGCAGAGUAG